UGUAAUUCAUCAGUUAUUGUAUUCGUUCUCAUAUUAUACCGUUGCCAGUGAAAUUUGGAAAGAUGCCUAAAUUUUCAGCUCAUUUAGGAUACCUUUUUCCGAAUGUACCUUUUUUGCAAAGGCACAAGCUUGCCAAAGCGGCUGGUUUUCAAGCAGUUGAAGGGGGGAUUCCCGAUAAUAUAUCGAUUCAAGAAAUAACAAAAGUUGUUAAAGAGGCGGGAGUCUACCAACAUCAUUUUGAUGAUUUCAGAGGAGAUCUGAGCAAAGGAGAAUUUGGUUUUGCGGCAUUACCAGGACAAGAGGAGAAAUUCAAAGAAUAUUUACUAAAAAGUUUGGAAUAUGCAAAAGCAUUAAAUAGUAAAGUAAUUCACGUAGCUGCAGGAUAUGUAACAGAACCAAUUACCGUCAAACACCACGACACAUACGUAAAAAAUCUCAGAGAAUCAUUGCCACUUUUUGAAAAAGCGGGCAUUGUUGCAGUUCUUGAGCCAAUCACCAAAAAUACACGUCCCUUAUAUUAUAUGAGAAGCAUUCAAAGAGCCUUAUCAGUGAUCCGUGCGAUCAACAGUCCUUACUUGAAACUUGAAUUGGACAUUUUUCAUGCUCAACAAAUCCAGGGUGACCUUACGACCCUGAUCAGGGACUCAAUAGACGAUAUAGGUCACAUCCAAGUCGCUCAAGUUCCCAGUAGAAAUGAACCAGACACACCUGGGGAAAUUGACUAUAAAUACGUGUUUGAUUUAAUUGAUCACGUAGGUUAUAAAGGCUAUGUGGGUCUGGAAUAUCAUCCAGUGGGCGAUACUGUAGAAGGACUUAAGUGGAUAAAGAAAUGGGGAUAUUCUUUUUAAAUACUAUUUUGAACAUAAAUGUUUUGUGAAGUUAAUGCAAUGUGAGGAAGAAUGUUUUUUGUUUUAAUAAAUAA